AUGCUGCGGCGUUUCGCAGCAUGUACCCUGCGAGCCGCAGCAGGAUACUCACAAUCCUGUCGUGUGCUCUCCACCGACAUUGACUACUCUCAUGAGAAGCCGGCACCAUUCCAGUUAGAACAUGUUCAAGCGCGGGUGGUUGAGACUGUUCCGCUUAUGUUCAAGCAAAGACUCGACUACACAUUCUAUCGGAAGGAUGUUUUCUGUGACGACCAAAUUUUUGGAGUAAAAAAAUAUGGGCUAGAUCAGCUCAUGCAACAUUUUGGAACCAUCAGCGUUGUGGGACAGUUCACAUUGCCACAUGUGCAGAUGGAGGCAGUGAGCGUGGUACCUGUGAUCGAAGAUGGAACUGUGCGGUGUCGCUGGCGUGUGAAGUAUGUGUCAAUAUUACGUCUCCUUAUGAAUCCACGUCUGCUAAGAUUCGACUAUCGCAUGAAGAAUCUAAGUUGGUUCGAUGGUUAUUCUGUCUUGACCGUUGAUGGUAAUGGUCUAGUGUUCAAAAUUACCCUACAGAAGGUGAAGCGGGACGAUGGGAAGCUACUUGAUAAGAAAAGUACUAAAGAAAAGCUAGCAGAAAAGAUAGCUGUUUUCCGGCCGGGACCAGCUGCUACGCACUUUGUAGAUCGACGACGGCAUUUGAGGGAGUCAGGCAAGGACGCGGAUACCGUAUCAAAAGCUGCCUUUCGUGGCGAGGAACUCUUUCCAUAUCGUGCAGUCAAAGUUGCCAAAUGCUGCUCAUAACUGAUCGAGCCCUGCAAUGUUCAAAGAAACGCUCAUGUAUCUCAGACAGGGAACUACCUAUGAAGAUUGAAGCAGGCCCACAGGUACAAACCUCCACUGCUCUGCCUGCCGAAGUGCAUAGACUUCUCUUCCGGUCGCUGUUUGUGAAUCUGAAUUAGAUUUCGGG